GCCCGGAGUGCGCCCUCUGCCCUCACGGGGACAGAGGGCCCCGCCGCCGUUAUGUUGCCGGCCAUCUACACCGCUCUGGCCGGACUGCUGCUCCUGCCGCUACUGGUGAACUUCUGCUGUCCCUACUUCUUCCAGGACAUGGGCUACUUCCUGCGGGUGGCCGGCGUGGCCCGGCGGGUGCGGGGUUACGCGCGGCGGCGGCCGGUGCGCACCCUCCUCUGGCUCUUCCAGGAGAGAGCGCGCCAGACCCCACACAAGCCUUUUCUGCUCUUCGGCGAUGAGACGCUCACCUACGCACAGGUGGACCGGCGCAGCAAUCAGGUGGCGCGGGCGCUGCACGACCAACUUGGCCUGCGCCAGGGGGACUGCGUGGCGGUCUUCAUGGGCAACGAACCAGCCUACGUAUGGCUGUGGCUGGGUCUGGCCAAGCUGGGCUGUGCCAUGGCGUGCCUCAACUACAACAUCCGCGCGAAGUCCCUGUUGCACUGCUUCCAGUGCUGCGGGGCGAAGGUGCUGCUGGCCUCGCCAGAACUACAAGCAGCUGUUGAAGAGGUUCUGCCCAGUCUGAAAAAAGAUGACGUGUCGAUCUAUUACGUGAGCAGGACCUCCAGUACGGAAGGGGUUGACUCUUUCCUGGACAAAGUGGACGAAGUGUCAACGGAAAACAUCCCACAGUCUUGGAGGUCUGAGGUCACUUUUACCACUCCGGCCUUAUACAUUUAUACAUCGGGAACCACAGGUGCUACUAUUGUUUUACGGUCCAAAUUUUCAGCCAGCCAGUUUUGGGAUGAUUGCAGAAAAUAUAAUGUGACUGUCAUUCAGUAUAUUGGUGAACUGCUUCGAUAUUUAUGCAACACACCCCAGAAGCCAAAUGACCGUGAUCAUAAAGUGAGAAUGGCGGUGGGAAAUGGCUUGCGAGGAGAUGUUUGGAAAGAAUUUCUCAGGAGAUUUGGGGACAUUCAUAUUUAUGAAUUAUAUGCUGCCACUGAAGGAAACAUUGGAUUUAUGAAUUAUACAAGAAAAGUUGGUGCCAUUGGAAGAGCGAACUACCUACAGAGAAAAGUCAUAUCUUAUGACCUGAUUAAGUACGAUGUGGAGAAAGACGAGCCGGUCCGAGAUGGAAAUGGAUACUGCAUCAAAGUUCCCAAAGGUGAAGUCGGACUUCUUAUUUGCAAAAUCACAAAUCUUACACCAUUUAGUGGCUAUGCUGGAGGAAAAAGUCAGACAGAGAAGAAGAAACUGAGAGAUGUCUUCCGGAAAGGAGACCUCUAUUUCAACAGUGGUGAUCUCCUAAUGAUUGACAAUGAAAACUUCAUCUACUUCCAUGACAGAGUUGGAGAUACAUUCAGGUGGAAAGGGGAAAAUGUGGCUACCACUGAAGUUGCUGACAUAGUGGGACUGGUUGAAUUUGUCCAAGAAGUGAAUGUCUAUGGAGUGCCUGUGCCAGGUCAUGAGGGUCGAAUUGGCAUGGCCUCCAUCAAGAUGAAGGAGAAUCACGAAUUUGAUGGAAAGAAACUCUUUAAGCAUAUUGCUGAGUACCUGCCUACUUACGCCAGACCCCGCUUCAUAAGAGUACAGGACACCAUUGAGAUCACAGGAACUUUCAAACAUCGCAAAGUAACCCUUGUGGAAGAAGGCUUUAACCCUGCAUCCGUCAAAGAUACCUUGUAUUUCUUGGAUGACCAAGCAAAAAUGUAUGUGCCUAUGACUGAGGACAUUUAUAACGCCAUAACUAAUAAGACUCUGAAACUCUGAACAUUCCCAGGAGUUCAACUGAAUAGUCUCAGAAGAAAGAUGAAUGGGCCUACUACAGUCACUUGAUAUAAUCCAAUUUAAAUUUGACAAUUGUUUUCUUAGGAAAUUAUGCCCACUUAAAACAGCAGGUUUUUUUAAUUAAAUGGAACCUUAGCAAGUGAAAAUAUUUAGAGAUAAUUAUUUUUCAAUUUGCAUCUACUGUUUGUUUUUGCCCACCAAGCUUGUUGGAAGGAGGGCAUUAUUUUUUUAAAUAUAUAAUAAAAUAGAUGAACACCAGUGUAUGAGCUGGCA